CAAAGGGGGCGGGGCGGGGCCGCUCCUCUAUGGUGCGCCCGUCUUCCUAGCUCUCCCUAGUUCCCGGCCGUUCUGCCCGGCGCCGCUCGCCUGCCCUGGGUCCUCCCGCCCGCCGCGUUUACGACCUGACGCUGCGCUUGACGGCAGCCUUCCUUCGGCGCCGUCCCGGGCUAUCCGCGAUGGCAGCAUGCCGCUGGAGGUGAGGUGGCCUUUCCCCGCGGGGCCGCCGCUGCCCUGGGCCCUGGCCAGCCGCCUGGUCACCGGCCUGGUGGGCACCUACAGCUGCGUCUGGACCCGGUACCUGAACCGGCUGCGGGUGCACAACGCCGAGGUGCUGCACGAACUGGUGGAGCGCCGGGGGCCCCGCACCCCCCUCCUCACCCUCUCCAACCACCAGUCCUGCAUGGAUGACCCCCACCUCUGGGGUUCCCUGAAGCUGCGGCACGUCUGGAGCCUGCACAAGAUGCGGUGGACCCCCACAGCCGCCGACAUUUGCUUCACCCGGGAGCUGCACUCGCGUUUCUUCAGCCUGGGCCGCUGCGUCCCCGUCUGCCGGGGGGACGGCGUGUACCAGCGAGGGAUGGAUUUCAUCCUGGAGAAGCUCAACCAGGGGGACUGGGUGCACGUCUUCCCCGAGGGCAAAGUGAACAUGGGGCAGGAAUUCGUGCGCUUCAAGUGGGGCAUCGGGCGUCUCCUGGCCGAGUGCCGCCUCGACCCCGUCAUCCUGCCCCUCUGGCACGGGGGCAUGAACGACGUCCUGCCCAACGCCCCCCCGUACGUGCCCCGCGUGGGGCAGCGGAUCACUGUGGUCGUGGGGCGACCGUUCAGCGUCCGGCCUCUCCUGGAGCGGCUGCGGGCCGAGGGCACGUCAACGGUGGAAAUGCGGAAGGCGCUGACGGAUUUCGUGCAGAGGGAGUUUGAAGUGCUGCGGGGUCAGGCCCGCACCCUGCACCCCACCCCAUAACACGUGGGGCACCCCCACGGAUCGACAACCGCACUGCCCUGCCCCACGGCGCGCCCGGCCCCACGGCCCCGUUGGGGUGCCGGCGGAAGGACGGACGGACGGACGGACCAGCCGCCCCCCUCCGUGCUCCCAGCUCCCGCGCAUGGUGCCAAUAAAAGGUGGUGGAGCCUC